UGAUUGCAAAUUAAUUACUAAAAGUGAUACUUAAUUGCAAAUCAAUUAAUUGUAUUCACAUUCACACCAAUGAAGCACUGAAUUUGAAUUUGUGGUCUUUUUGCCGACAAAACGAUCCCUUAAUUGACGAUUGGUUUGGAUUUAAAUGUGGUUUAAUUGAUGAUAAUUGUGCCCAAAGUGCAGAUCAUAGGGAGUCGAUGCCAUUGUGAAGAUGUCUUCAACCGAUAAUUUGGUGGUGAAAGAGCGCCGGGCGUUGUCUCCAGCGGUAGUGUCGGAGAUAAUCAUCGGUCAGUUAUGGCCGACAAUACUUCAUCUAAAAGAGUUGAAUCAAUUGCCAACUCUUGAGAAACUGAAGGCUCAUAUGUAUAAGAAUUACAGAAUGACUUCUAAUGACUGCGAGAAACACGUGAAUAACGCCAUUAAAGAUCGGCUUCUCGUCGAAAGCCAUGUGAGCGAUAAAAGUGGUGAAGAACUCACUGUAUAUUCUCCUCCAGAAAGUGAUGGUUUUGUUGAUGACCACGACUGGUAUUGCUUUGAUUGUCACAAACCCGGAAGUGUUGUCGAGUGCGGCCGUUGUUGGCGAGUAUAUCACUCUUAUUGUCUGAAACAAGAGUUCAACGAAUUGGACAAACCAUUUGUUUGUGAUGUUUGUCUCGAUUUGAGCAAAGAAUACGACACAAGAAGUGGCGAAAAAGUGAUUCCAGUGCCACAAUUGAACCAAAUAUUGAAUUACGCUUUCAAUCAAAUUAUUGCUAAAAACAAGAAAUUAGUUGAAUUGGCGAUGAAUAUCGAGGACGACAUGAAGACAAAGCAAUUGGUGUUCAGUAAAACAGAUUUAACACAACUUUUGGACAAAACUGAAAGCAAUUCCUAUAAAAAAUUAAUUGAGUUUCAAAUGGAUGUUCAAGACUUGAUUCAUUGCGUGACUCUCUUGUAUGGGACCAUCAGUACGACCGCAGCGACCACUGCACAGGCGUUAGACGAUUGCCUCAAAGAGAUGACUGAAAUACGAGAAUGUGUUGAUUGCUAUUCAGCGGAAACCAAUCAAAAAGCGGACAAAAACUGGUUUUGCAAUCCCUGUAAUCCUCCGCACGAUUUAGUUUACGCUAAACAAAAGGGUUAUCCGUUUUGGCCCUCAAAAGUGAUUACAAGAGACGAAAAGAAAAAUAAAUGUUACGUUCGCUUCUUCGGCUCAUUUCACGAAAGAGAAUCCAUUGAUAACAAGAAUAUCAAACCCAUUGGUUCAACACUACAAGAACUUCGCAUAUCUAAGCCGUCGCCUCCAUUGGCGGCGGCCCUCAAGGAGUUGAAGACCUAUCAAAACAAUUUGCAGGUAUUGACCGGUUCUGUCGGUGACACGAGUCAGCCCUCAGUCAAAUCACUGAAGAAUCUGUCGGCCAAAAGACCACGAAAACGAGCCGACGGUACGCGACCUCGAAAGCGAUCGAAUCAAAUGGAAAUUAAAACCGAAAGUAUUGAUGAAAAUGAGACGACAACUGAUUCCCAGAUUAUGAACGAUACAACAGAUGCGCCGCAAAGUCCUGUCAAUACGAGACCCAAACAACAGUUCACUUCGACUCCAAAGCCUUUUGUAAAGUCUCCGAUUCGGACACGAAAUCGAGGGAUGAAAACACCCUUUCAGACAAGAAUUACUGAAUCAGAGAAAAAGACAAUACCAUUGAAAACAGGCCGACGUUCUCUACAGACAAACAAAUCUCCGAUUAAACCUAAGAGAGCGCAUAUGAACAAAUAUUUUAAUAAUGAAUCCGAAAUAAUAUCUGAUUUUGGAAACGAUUCGCUGGCAUCGGGUUCUGGAGCCAAGAAAGUGGUUAAUACAAAGACAAAUAAUCGACUAUUGAAUGGAAUUAUACCCCAAAUGAAUGAAACGGAAAACUUUUCGGAUUCGAGUCAAGACAGUCAAGUGAUUGGAGCGAAACGACUGAAGACUAACGAACACAACGAACAAAACUCAUCGCUGGCCAGAAGUCGACCCUUCCGUAAAAGUAAGCCAAACAUACGCUACAAAUCACCCGAAAUGGAAGUGAAAAUCCCUAAAAAGAAACAAAAGGUCGAGAGAAUAGUUGUGAAGAAAGAGGUAAACGAUAACAACGUCUUUGAUUACGAGUCGAUGGAUGACUCGAAUCCGGGCGGCAUUUGCUUCACAAACAUUAGAGACACCAAACAUAUGAUGCAAACCAAGAAUAAAAAACAGAAACAAAAAGUUACUAAAAAUAUUAAGUCAUUUACGAGUCAAUUGACGAAUGGAGUGUUGAAUCCGAUUCCCAACGCAUCGCCAGUCGUGAGUCCAAAGAGGGGUCGACCCAAAGGAGUGAAAAAUAAGGCAACCAUUGAGAGAAUGAGACUCGAAGAGCUCAAAGCGAUGACUGUGUCGUCUCCGCCACCCAUUCUUAUACCGCAGGAAAUGCCGAUUCAUAUCGAGUCGAAGAAUAAUAAGACACCAAAAAAGGACAGCAUUGAGAUGCAGCAGAAGGAAGAGAUCAAACAAUUGAAGAAGGAUUUGGAAGUCGUUAAGCAAUUGAAUUACAGACUUCAGAAUGAAGUGCGAAAACUGAGCGCAGAAUCUCAAGAGAAACAAGAGAUCAACGAAUUGAAGGAAAAGCAUUUGCAGGAAAUGUCACUCAUGAAGAAGAAACAAUGGUGCUUUAACUGCGAAGCGGAGGCCAUAUAUUUCUGUUGCUGGAAUACGAGCUACUGUUCAACUCAAUGCCAACAACAGCAUUGGCUAUCGGGACACAAAAAGUCCUGUCGUCGCGCAUCCAAACGAUAAACACUAUAAUCUUCACCAAAAUCAUUGAUUCGCACAUUAAUUGUCAUAAAAAUUAUAAAUUUUAAUAAUGAAUGAAAAGUAGAAUAUCUUUUAAAAGUUAUUAAUUAGCAAUCAUUUUAACAAUUUAUUGAGAAUAUUGUAUUUUUUCACACAAAUGUCAAAAUUUUUAUGAUAUACAACAUUAUAAGAACUAAUUAUUACUUAUGACU